CAUCUGUCAGGUGGCGAUUGUGAUCAUCUGAAAGGCAGUUUUAAAAUGUGGUUGAAUGUUUUGCUGAUCGGAAUAUGUAGUUGUUUCUCUUUAGCAGAAGGUUUUAUAGAAGGUUUAUAUUGUGGUCAACGGGAUUGUUACGAAGUAUUGGGAGUAUUAAGAGAUGCAUCAAAGUUAGAAAUUGCUCGAGCCUACAGAACACUUGCAAAAAAGUAUCAUCCUGAUAGGCAUAAAACUGAAGAAGCAAAAACAAAGGCAUCAGAACAGUUUACUUUAUUAGCAACAGCAUAUGAAGUUUUGAAAGAUGAUGACUCAAGGAAAGAUUAUGAUUAUAUGCUGGAAAAUCCAGAUGAAAUCUAUAGGCACUACUAUAGGUAUUAUAGACGGAAAAUGGCUCCAAAGGUUGAUGUUAGAAUUGUUAUUGCUGCAACCAUAGCUAUUAUUUCCAUAAUUCAGUAUUUAGCAGCAAAAUCUCGUCACAAAUCUGCAAUUGAUUAUCUUCUUACUGUUCCUAAGUAUAGAUUAAAGGAAUUAAUUAAAGAGGAGGAAGAAUCUGUACUUAAGCAAAUUUUAGAAAGGAAUGUUGAUGUCAGGGGUGGUUAUAGUCGUCCUUCAAUCAAAGAUGUUCUUGCUAUUCAAAUUGUUUUAUUUCCCAUUACAAUAUCCUCAUAUAUUUAUUGGAAUAUUAAAUGGAUAUGGAGAUUCAAUAUUAAGAAAGAAGAAUAUGGUGAGGAAGAAAAAUUAUAUUUAAUUAAAAAAUUGAUUGGUUGUUCAGCUACUCAAUGGGAUGCAAUAGAAGAAAAUGAAAAAAAAGAUUAUCUUAGAAAUGAAUUAUGGAAAAAAGAAAAAUUUCAGGUAUGGAAACAACAAAAGGAAGAUGAACUAAAAUCAAAACUUGCUGAAACAGCACGUUAUAAAAGUUAUAGGAGGUAUAUGCGCAAUCAUGGUCCUGGGCAGUUAACAUUUGAGGAUUAAUUUUUUUUAUUC